UCGGGGCGGGCCGCGGCAGCGUUCCCCGCCGGCCCGAGCGGCCGCUCUGCCCCAUGGCGCUGGCCGAGCUCUACACGCAGUACAAUAGGGUUUGGAUCCCUGAUAAUGAAGAAGUUUGGCAGUCUGCAGAAAUCACAAAAAACUACAAAGCUGGAGACCGUUUUCUCCAUGUGCAGUUAGAAGAUGGAACUGAACUGAACUACCCUGUUGAUCCAGCUGCUUUGCCACCCCUCCGAAACCCUGACAUACUUGUUGGUGAAAAUGAUCUCACUGCACUUAGUUAUCUCCAUGAACCUGCUGUUCUACACAAUCUUAAAGUUCGUUUUAUGGAGUCUAGGCUAAUCUACACCUAUAGUGGAAUAAUUUUGGUUGCAAUAAACCCCUAUAAAGAGUUGCCAAUAUAUGGAGAUGCUAUUAUCCAUGCAUAUAGUGGGCAAAACGUGGGCGACAUGGAUCCACAUAUAUUUGCUGUGGCAGAAGAAGCAUACAAGCAAAUGGCAAGAAAUAACAAAAAUCAGUCUAUUAUAGUCAGUGGAGAAUCAGGAGCUGGAAAGACUGUGUCUGCAAGAUACACUAUGAGAUACUUUGCCACUGUGAGUAGGUCAAGCAGCAAUGCACAUGUGGAGGAUAAAGUAUUGGCAUCCAAUCCAAUAACUGAGGCUAUUGGCAAUGCGAAAACCACACGGAAUGAUAAUAGCAGUCGAUUUGGAAAAUACACUGAAAUCAGUUUUGAUCAGAGUUACCAGAUCAUUGGCGCUAACAUGAGAACAUACCUGCUUGAGAAAUCCAGAGUUGUCUUUCAGUCGGAGAAUGAGAGAAACUACCACAUAUUUUAUCAGUUGUGUGCAUCUGCUACGCAACCUGAAUAUAAGCAUCUCAAAUUGGGAAGCGCAGAAGAAUUUAACUACACAAGAAUGGGUGGCAGCACAGUAAUAGAAGGAGUUGAUGACAGAGCAAAUAUGGUGGAGACUCAGAAGACAUUUGCCUUACUGGGUCUGAAGGGGGAUUUUCAGAUGGAUGUUUUUAAAAUGCUGGCAGCAAUCCUACACUUGGGCAACGUGGAAAUAACAGCUGUUGGAGAUGAAAGAUCAGCCAUCAGUCUGAAGGAUAAACAUCUUGAUAUAUUCUGUGAACUGCUGGAUUUAAACUGGGACAAAAUGGCACAAUGGUUGUGCCACCGAAAGAUUAUCACUACCUCAGAGACUGUAAUAAAGCCAAUGACAAGAGCUCAGGCUGUUAACGCAAGGGAUGCUCUGGCAAAGAAGAUCUAUUCCCACCUAUUUGACUUUAUUGUGGAAAGAAUUAACCAAGCUUUGCAGUUCCCUGGCAAACAACAUACUUUUAUUGGUGUUUUGGACAUUUAUGGCUUUGAAACAUUUGAUGUGAAUAGUUUUGAACAAUUUUGCAUCAAUUAUGCUAAUGAGAAACUGCAGCAGCAAUUUAACCUGCAUGUCUUUAAACUUGAACAAGAAGAAUAUAUGAAGGAAGAUAUCCCAUGGACUUUAAUUGACUUCUAUGACAACCAGCGUGUCAUUGACCUUAUUGAAGCUAAAAUGGGAAUUUUGGAACUUCUGGAUGAAGAGUGCUUGUUGCCUCAUGGAACAGAUGAAAACUGGCUUCAAAAACUAUAUAAUAAUUUUGUCAAUAAAAAUGCACUCUUUGAAAAGCCAAGGAUGUCAAACACAUCUUUCAUCAUUCAACACUUUGCUGAUAAGGUAGAAUACAAAUGUGAAGGAUUUCUGGAAAAAAACAGAGAUACAGUACACGAAGUAUUGAUUGAAAUCUUGAAAGACAGCAAGUUUCAUCUGUGUGCAAAUUUUUUUCAAGACAGUCCAGUGUCCAUUUCACCUUUCAGUUCAACUAUAAACAUCAAAUCUGCAAGACCUGUUCUCAAGUCCCCUAACAAACAACUCCGGAUGACAGUUGGCAGUAAGUUCCGGAAUUCUUUGUCUUUACUUAUGGUGACACUCAAUGCAACCACCCCUCAUUAUGUACGAUGCAUAAAGCCAAAUGAUGAGAAGUUGCCUUUUGAGUUUGAUUCAAAACGAGUUGCUCAGCAACUGCGAGCAUGUGGUGUUUUGGAAACUAUUCGAAUUAGUGCACAGAGCUACCCGUCCAGGUGGACUUACAUUGAGUUUUUCAGCCGUUAUAGCAUCCUUAUGACACAGCAGGAACUUUCCAUAAAUGAUAAGAAGCAGAUUUGCAAGAUUGUUUUGCAGCGGCUAAUCCAGGAUCAUAACCAAUAUCAGUUUGGGAGAACAAAAAUUUUCUUCAGAGCAGGACAGGUUGCUUACUUAGAAAAGCUGCGAUCAGACAAACUGAGACAUGCAUGCAUCAUGGUCCAGAAGAGUGUUCGAGGCUGGCUGCAGCGGAAGAAAUUCCUUCGUAUAAAACAAGCAGCUCUUACAAUACAGCAGUAUUUCCGGGGGCAGCGGACUGUACGGCAAGCUAUAACUGCAAGAACUCUGAAGGAAACAUGGGCAGCUAUAAUUAUUCAGAAAUACUGUCGGGGUUACCUGGUCCGUAGACUUUGCCAGCUCAUCCAUGUGGCUGCUGUAACAAUUCAAGCUUAUACAAGAGGAUUUCUAGCAAGAAAAAAGUAUCAGAAGAUGCUUGAAGAGCACAAGGCUGUGAUCCUUCAGAAGUAUGCCCGUGCAUGGCUUGCCAGGCGCAGAUUUCAGAAUAUUCGUCGGUUUGUAUUGAAUAUCCAGCUUUCAUACAGAGUUCAGCAACUGCAGAAGAAGAUAGAAGAGCAGAGUAGAGAAAAUCAUGGUUUGCUGGAGCGAUUGACCAGUCUGGCUUCUACCCAUAUGAAUGACAUGGAUACAAUUCAGAAACUUGAAUUGGAUCUUCAAAAGUUAACUGCUCAGAAGAGAACAUGUGAAGAGAAAGGGAAAAAAGAUAAAGAGGACAGUGAACAGAAAAUCUUAAAACUUGAGAAUUGGAAUAAAGAAUUACAAGAACAGAAAAAGACCUUAGAAAUAAAGCUCCAUGAAAAAACUGAGGAAAUGAAAGAGAAAAUGGAUGACCUCACGAAGCAACUCUUCAAUGAUGUACAAAAAGAAGAAAAUCAGCGAAUGAUACUCGAGAAAAAUUUCCAGAAUCAGAAGCAGGACUAUGAAAAGGAGAUUGAGUUGCUCAAGGGAGAAAUUAAGAUUCUGAAAGAAGAAAAAAAUCAGCUACAGCAACAAAUUCAGCAAGAAAUUGUCAUUCAGGAUGGCUUGAAAAUGGAAGUAGGACAACUUACAAAACAAGCACAGAAAAUACCUGAGUUACAAAAGGAAAUUGAGCUGCUGCAGACACAAAAAUUGGAUGUUGAAAAGCAGGCCCAGUCACAGAAGCGAGAAUUGAGGGAAAAGAUGUCAGAAGUUACACAACAGCUUCUUGAAAGUUACGAUUUUGAAGAUGUGAGAAGCAGACUCUCUACAGAGGAUUUGGAACACCUAAAUGAGGAUGGAGAACUGUGGUUUGCUUACGAGGGCUUGAAAAAAGCUACAAGAGUAAUGGAAAGUCAUUUCCAGUCUCAGAAAGAAAUAUAUGAGAAGGAGAUUGAAGGUUUGAACUUUAAAGUUGAACAUCUCAGCCAAGAUAUUAAUCAUCUACAAAAGUUAUUUCGAGAGGAAAAUGACAUAAAUGAUGGUAUUCGACUUGAAGUUAGCAGACUUACUUCAGAAAACCUGGUGAUCCCAGAUCUUAAACAGCAAGUUUCUGAACUUGAAAAUCAAAAACUAGAUCUUGAAAACCGUCUUCAAGAACAGACUGUGAAGUUGAAAGAGAUGUCUCAUCGGCUGCAUUACGAGCAAGAAGGGGAGAGAACACAAAGAAGAAGUAAUGAGGCCCAGAAUGAAGUAAGCAUAAAAGAAAAAGAGAGACUGAAAGUCAACACCCAAGAAAUUGAGGGUCUGAGCAAUGGUUUGGUGCAAGAUGAAACCCAGGAUGAAGUACAAAGCAAGAUAAAGCAAGAGACAACACGACUUACUGUUGAAAACAUGGAUCUUGAGGAAAAACUAGAUAUGAAAGAUAGAAUAAUAAAAAAAUUGGAGGAUCAGAUCAAAACUCUUACCAAGACUAUUGAAAAAGCUGAAGCUCAUGUGCCAAAUUCGUCCAAAGAGUACAUUGGAAUGAUAGAGUACAAAAAAGAAGAUGAAGAAAGGAUCAUUCAAAAUCUCAUCCUCGAUUUAAAGCCACGUGGAGUUGUAGUUAAUAUGAUACCUGGCAUUCCAGCUCACAUCCUGUUCAUGUGUGUGAGAUAUGCAGAUUAUCUGAAUGAUGCUGACAUGCUGAAAUCCUUCAUGAAUGUAACCAUUGAUGGCAUCAAGCAAGUUGUUAAGGAACAUUCAGAAGACUUUGAGAUGAUGUCCUUCUGGCUUUCCAAUACAUAUUAUUUUCUUAACUGUUUGAAGCAGUACAGUGGGGAAGAGGAAUUCAUGAAGUGUAACACUCCACGUCAGAAUGAGAACUGUUUGAAGCAUUUUGAUCUCUCGGAAUACAGACAGAUUCUUAGUGAUUUGGCCAUUCGUAUCUAUUAUCAAUUCAUUGUUGUAAUGGAGAACAGCAUUCAGCCCAUGAUUGUACCAGGCAUGCUGGAAUAUGAAAGUCUUCAGGGAAUUUCUGGUUUGAAACCUACAGGGUUCCGUAAACGUUCUUCUAGUAUAGACAACACGGAUACCUACACGAUGACCUCUAUCCUGCAACAGCUCAGCUAUUUUUAUAGUACUAUGUGCCAGAAUGGCUUGGACUCUGAGCUUCUAAAGCAGGCAGUGAAGCAGCUUUUCUUUCUGAUUGGAGCUAUCACCCUCAAUAGCCUCUUCCUCCGCAAGGACAUGUGCUCGUGUAGAAAAGGAAUGCAGAUAAGAUGUAAUAUCAGCUACUUGGAAGAAUGGCUUAAGGACAAGAAUCUUCAAAGCAGCAAUGCCAAAGAAACUUUGGAGCCUCUAUCUCAGGCAGCCUGGCUCCUUCAGGUCAAAAAGAUCACAGAUGAUGAUGCCAAGGAAAUAUGUGAACACUGCACAUCUCUUUCUACUGUGCAGAUAGUUAAGAUCCUCAACUCAUACACUCCAAUAGAUGAUUUUGAGAAAAGAGUGACUCCAUCAUUUGUUCGUAAAGUCCAGGCUAUGCUAAACAAUCGUGAGGAUGCUCCACAGUUGAUGCUCGAUACCAAAUAUCUCUUUCAAGUGAUGUUUCCUUUCACCCCCUCUCCACAUGCCUUGGAACUGAUACAAGUCCCCAGCAGCUUCAAACUUGGCUUUCUUACAAGGGUUUAGUAAAACCAAUGCAUUGGUAUUUCCUCAGAGACUAUAUGAAGACAGGCAGACUUCCAUGGUUCCGCCUGGUGGAUAGCAUUGUAGCUUGCAGUGAAUUAAACUGUUAAAAACUUGUUCCUGAGUCAAAACUUCAAAGCAGGAAUAAUUUGAGCUUGUGAAUUCCUUCUCUCUCUUUUUACUUGUCUCCCUGCACUACAGUCCUACAGUGAUUACUUUAUAUCAUCAACUGGACACAAAGCUAACCAUACAGUUUCUUAGCCCAAACCUGACAAGAAAAGCGUUUAUCUGACAAGUUUCCAUUGGUGUUCUCGCAGCACCAGUCAGAGGGGAAGACGUGAUAAAUGUUAUUACCUUACCAUUUUCCUUGCCUUUGUUUCCUGUAACAAGAGAUUUUUUUUCCCCACGGUAAUUCUAUUCAUUGCCUUGAUACACUGGAUCUGGUUUACAGUAGUUUUUACCCUUCUAUACUACUUGUGCCUUUAUUCCUUUCAUAAAAGAAGUCUUUUCUAACAGUUCUUCCAGAAGACUGUAGUAGGAGGGAAGGGAAGGUCCUUCCACAAUUGUAUAAAAAAAUCAAUAUAAAUAGCUACAUUGAAACUGGGGAACUCGGACCAAUCUAAGAGAAUUACAAACGCACAUUGUCUCUUUGUAGGCAUGCUGGCUUGGCUUACUGAAUGCUUGCACUGCAGCUUUUCAGCCAGGGGAAGGACUCAGGUGCUCUUUUUGAAGACAGGUUUCAAUUUUGUUCUUGGCAGUGACAAGUCUGGAUUUUCAUUUUUUCAGUCAUUAUAAUAGAAAAGUCAGAUAAGGAAUUCAUGUUAUGAUCCAGGUUUGAAUUACAAACUUGUUCUCUAAAAAACCAGGAGUCAUCUCCUGGUUUGGUUCCUUCUCUAGGGCAGUGUAUUUCAGAAUAUACACAGUAUGCACACAUGUGCACAUCAUCUUUCUCCCUUUUCUUUUUUGCUGGUUUUCCUCCUCCAGUCCAGACACUGAGUAGGAGUGAAUGCAGGUACUGUGGUCUGGUGUUACUGAUAAACCAAGAUUAAUUCCUUCCAUUUCAUCUUUAUUUCAUUUCAAUUGUGGGAUCCUCAGAAGCAGAAGUGUGGUCCCCUUUUUGCUUUGUCCAGCUUCUCCCUGUAGUCAGAAGGCAGCAAACAGUAACUUUAUUUAGUACUGGACCCUGUCAGAGCAAAUGGAGAAACAGCAUUCACCUCAACACAGUGAUGACUCUCUUUAGGAAUUCCUCAGUAAAUAAUGCUAGAUUUCUGGCUACUCUAUUAGACAUAGUUUUUAAAAUUGAGCACUAAAGGUUUGGAAUAUUGAAGUAUUCUAAUUAAUUUAGUUGAUUUGAAUAUUACAGAAAGGAACAAUUGAUUUUAUUACACAGUAUUAGUACUGCUUGUUUAAUUUCACAGAACAAUCUGUAAAUAUAAAGGAAUGAUUCUUGUUAUUUAGUAUUCUUGGUGUUUACUAUGUACAGUGAAAUAUUCAUGGUGAUAUUCACAGAGAUAUAUUCAAAAUAUAUGAUGGAAAAAAAAUCUGUGUUUUGUUGAAUAACAAUAAAAACUGUACAAAAAUAUUGCAGACGUAGGUAGACUAGUAAUUUUAUCUGUUAAAUAAAGUAGCUUUUAAACCAGUUUGUAGUGUUUUGAGUGAUGCAAUAGUUAUGUUUUCAGUAUUGGAUCAUUUGAAACUUGUAACUGUGUGAAUAUCAGUGAAUACUGUCAGUUUUGUAUUGCACCAUAAACAUCUAUUUCUUUGCAAUGGUGUAUCUUCCUGUCAGAAUGCUAUGCUGUCCUGGCUUCUCAUGAAUUUCUGUAAAUAUUUUCCUGCAAGCAAGUUUUGUUGCUUUAAUUUAUAUAUAG